GUUACUACUACUAUUACUGUGUUUACGAAUGGUGGAAUAGUAGACUGCAAUGUACCACGGCCCAUUAUCUACGUUAUAAAUCACGCAGUGAGGGUCAUAGCUGGUCCUCACAGCUGGUGCACAUCAGGAUUAUUCAUAUUAAAUUGCGCAUAUAUAUCUGAUGUAAUAACAAACAUGUAUUGUCACAGUAAGAUUGCCGUCUUACGUGCUUCGGUUCGACCUAUGCGUCUUCCUACCAGAAAUUACGUCAGUCUAAUCGACAAAGGCUUAAAUUUAUCCUUAGGCAGACACAAUGGAACGUUUUAUAGGCAGUAUAGUAGCAUCCUUAACAAUUCUACAAAGUUACAAAGCAUAAAGUCUCCGUUAACCGACUCGGCUUUCGAAACGACUGGCUUAUCGUGUGAUCAAGUCCGCCUCUUCUCCAGAGGCAUAAACUUGAAUAAUAAAAACCGUAAGAUUGGAAAGUGGUUGCUAUGUUGUUCUGGCGUUCCUCAAAAGCUUCCCCCUACGUCUUACAGUAUUUUAAGGACCGCACAGCAGCAGUAUUCGGGCGUAAUAAACCACCACCCACCGUGGUCAACGGCCUCCAGCCAAGCGAGGUGCUUCUCGACCUCAGAUAGUAGUAGUAGCGAGUCUGAUAAGAUUUAUGAAGAGGUGGCUGACAUGAUCAAGUGUAAUGCAACGAACAUUUUGGUUAUGGCAGGAGCUGGCAUAAGUACUCCCUCAGGAAUUCCAGAUUUUAGAACUCCAGGAACUGGUUUAUAUGACAACCUCCAGAAAUACAAUCUUCCUUAUCCUGAGGCAAUUUUUGACAUUCACUACUUUAUGAUGGACCCCAGGCCUUUUAUUGCUUUGGCACAAGAACUGUAUCCUGGAGUAAAUUACAAGCCUAACAUUGCUCACUACUUUAUACGACUUCUUUUUGAAAACCAAAAAUUACAAAAACUCUACACACAGAAUAUUGAUGGAUUAGAAAGAAUGGCUGGCAUCCCAGAGACAAAACUCAUGGAGGCUCAUGGGACUUUUGCAACAGCUUCUUGCACGCUUUGCAGCAAAAUUUAUCCUGGAGAAAAAGUGAAAGAAGCAAUCCUUAAUGGGGAAGUUCCCUUAUGUUUAGAAACCAAAUGUAAAGGUAAAGUGAAACCAGAUAUUGUUUUCUUUGGUGAGAAUUUGCCCAUGCAGUUUUGGAAUUAUCACACUGAGGUCCACUUCACAGAUCUUCUCCUUGUCAUAGGAACAUCAUUAGAGGUGUAUCCUUUUGCUGGAAUAGCUGAUGCUGUGAGUCGUCAAACACCAAGAGUUCUUAUUAACCGGGAAUUAGUUGGUAGCUUUGGCACACGUGCCAAUGAUUACAUGCUACUUGGAGACCUUACAAGCUCUGUAAAACGACUAGUAAAAAGUAUUGGAUGGGAAAAUGAGCUAAAAGACCUUACAAAAGAUCAUUAGAAAGAUGAGGAGCAUAGCUGUCUACUUUGCUUUUAGCAUCAACUGAGGUAACAAUCCAUAUUGUACUGCAACUUAUCAAAAGAUCUAAAUACAAGAGGGUGUAGUGAUUGAACAGUCUGACAUACUGUAAACUUGUGAAUGAUACACAAACAAAAAGCGAUUAAAAGAAAUAGGCAUAAGCUGACCACUAUUUUGUAUGAUAACAUGAAAAAAUAUUUUGGGCAGUGCUAUUGAGGCUGUACUACUAUAAAUCAGUGUGAGUAAGCUUUUAGUUGCAUUUGAUAACUUGCAUUUAUUUAUGAAGCAUUAUCCGCUGAAAAAACAAAUGAAGAUUAGCAUACCAUUCUUACUAUUGUCAUAGUAGAACUGUGAUAAUGGUAAGAUUGGUUCCUAGUUUAUUAGAAUGACAAGAUUACUGAGUGAUAUUUUAGACUCGCAAUAAAGUUCAGUUAACAGUUAAUGAAUGAUACAAAUGUAAGGAAGAAAUUAUUAAGAUACAAGAAUUGUAUUAGGGUAGUAAUACAUUGCAUCUUUGCUUGAACUUUUAAAGUUCCAAAUUGCACGACAUCCUCAGGGAGACUGUUCCAUAGUCCAGCGGUGUGAGGAAUACAGGACCUCUGGAGCUGAGAACUUUGACAGCAAGAUAUUUUUACUGCAUAUUGGUGCUGCUGUUCAGCUAAUCUGGUUGCUCUCGACAGGAAAGGGAGAUCAGGGAUCAAUUGUGAAUGUGAAAGAUCUCUUUUAAAAUACAACUUAUGAAAAAUUGACAAACAAGAGACCAUCCGUCGAUGGUCCAAGUCAUAACUACUACUGUUAGGAAACAGAAACUUACCAACACAAACUACUUUAUCUAAAAGAGAUAAAUCUCUGGCAGAAGCUGCCAUCCACUCCAGAGAACAGUAUUUUUAGUAAAAUAUGGGCAGAUGACUUAAAACAUUUUGCAUUGAAUGUAUGACUUGCAAAUACAUGAGGCCUUAAUAAAGUACCCAAAUUUCAUGCAGGAUUUGCUGACACUUUCAUUAGAUGUUUUUCAAAAGUAAGAUGUGAGUCCAAAGUUACGCCUAGAAUAGUUAAAGCUUCAGACUCAUGCAGCAGUCAUAUCCACUUGAAGGGGAGGAUGGGGUGGAAAAUCUGUAUGAGAUCUGCUAAUCAAUAGUGCUUUCAUUUUACUGGAGUUCAACCUCUUAUCCCACCAACUACACCAUUCACUAAUCUGGUCCAUGUCAUGACUAACAGCUCUAUUUUUCACUUGUUGACUUUUUGUAUCAUAUGACUUAAAUUGCAAAGGCAUCACAAAACCUGUCCUGUUUGGAGAGAUAGAGUGCCAUUGAGGGAGCCAAUCCUUGUUACGAGCUUAAAGACACUUGCCAGCAUGAAAAGGAAGGGUGGUAUGCUUUGGGUUUAAUUUUCUUCUUCUAAAACAGAGAAAUCUAUGCCUUUUUCAUGCUUGGCUAGACCUGUAAAAGUUAAUUGGUUAAACUACUCAAUAGCAAUAUUGAUUUUAGGCUGGCUCACUUGUGUUCAUCUUACAAGUGAGGUAGCACACAACACAGGAGUUAAAAUUACUGAUGGCAGAAGUUCUGUAUUUGCGUUGAAGUGAUUUCAGACAAAUCUUUCAGACUGUUGAGGGGGAGCAACAAUGAUCGAGGAGGUACAGUACAUCACAAACCCACUAAUUGUGUGGGAGGUUUUUAGAUUCUGACCAGCUUACUGUUGAACUUUCAUUAACCAGCUCAUGGUUAUUGGUUUGUUCUUAAGAACCAGGCAUUAGGGCCUUAGUAAAUAUAAACAGUUGAUGUUGACUCACUCAGGUUAAUUUAGAAUUCUGCAGUCUGAUGUAAGACUCCCCUAAAGUUUAUAUGAGUUGAAUAUGUAAGACUGAUUCUACAAGUUAAAAGGAUUUUUUAAAUGGCUUUUGUUGGGAUUUACUAUAUUCUGUUAGUUUGGAUACUUUCAAUGAAAAACAUUACAGUAUUGUUGUUUUCUGCCUCGCUUUCUACUCAGAGGUAAUUGAAUAACAAACUCUACUUCCAUGCCAGUUAAAAAGUUACUGUCAUAACUUUGGCAUUUAACCACAUUGGUAAGCAUAUGGUGCAAUUAAAAUUAAAUUGUACAGUACGUAUUAAUAAUUGUUAAUGUAUUUUUAUAUAUUGUACAUUUUAAAUUAAUACUUGUGCAUUUUUCUGUCAAAUAACCCUAGUUGUGACAGUGAAGAUGAAAAUUUGUUUUGGUGUGUAUUCACAGUUGUCUUUAGUCACAACUUCCCACCCACAUAAAGAGAGAUUUAGUGUGGUAAGAGGGAAAUGUGUUAUAGACAUUUACCAUCCUUAUUAGAUAAUUACAUGUAUGGCUCUAAGAAGUUAAUUGUGUUUGUUUCAAAUUUCCUUAUCAUUUUUCAAUUAUUCCCACCAUAUAUAGAUACAAUAAAUUUAUUGAUUUUUAUCCAUAUUUGAUUUAGUGGUGUAUCCAAAAAUUUUUACACAUUUUCUAAGAUCAUACUAGAGCAUUUUGGUUGGAAAAAACAAUUUUCUACUUUUUGCUAUCCAAAACCCAAUGGUAUUUUUUCACUCACUUCAUUGUCUAUUGGUCGUGAGUGUUCACAGCUUCCCUUCUCAUACUUUUCAUCUAAGUAGUUCAGCUGAGUCUUCCAACUUUCCUAGAGCCCAUGGGCCCCAAUUGACUCAGUCACAGUACCACUGUUCUCUCAAGGUUUGCUUUAACAUGUCUAAACAAUCUCCGUCUCCCUUGUGUUAUUGUUUUCUCUACAUAUGGAACUUAAGUCAUUUCAAUUAUGGUACCAUUUCGUACUUUAUCCUGCCAUCUGACUCCAAGUAUUCAUCUUGGAGCUUUGCUUUCAAAUAAAAAGAAUAUUUUA